GCUUGCGUGCAGAGCACACGGGCUGCACUGAGCAUCAGGUGCGCUGCCAGCCCACAAGCACCUCGCAUUUAGCACCUUCAAUUCCUCCUGUUGCAUGUCCCUAAUUUGCCUCGUACAAUGCCGUCUACGAGCAACGCGCCCAACAUGGUGACGGGGGCUGCCAUGGCUGUGCUAGCAGCUCAACAGACCGAUGCUCUUGCACGCAUAUUCGUCAAGCUGAAGAACAAGGAUGAACAUGUUCGAAUUGCUGCUGGCAAGGAGUUGGCCCAUCAUGUCACCUUUGUGGCCUCAGAGCUCAAGGGAGAUGCGGUUUCGGUGUUCAACAACGAUCUCAACAGACGCAUCUUCGAGCUGACUCAUAGCCCUAAUGUGCACGAGAAGCUGGGAGGCAUCGUCGCCAUCGACACCUUGACGGAUCUGGAGUCGGAGGAUAACAGUGCGCGCUUGUAUCGUUUCUAUCAGUACUUGAAACCAAAUCUGCCAUGCAACGAUACGCAGGUGAUGGUCGCCGCUUCGAAAGCUCUGGGCAGAGUGUCCAAGUACGGUGGUCACUCGCUGGGAGACCAAUUCAUCGAAUUUGAAGUCAUGCGUGCUCUCGACUUCUUGCAAGCUGGCGAUCGCAGCGAAUCCGGAAGGUAUGCGGCGGUACUCAUCAUUCGCGAGAUGGCCAUCAAUGUUCCCCUGCUCUUCCUCGCAUACGUGCCCAGAGUGCUCGAGAGGAUAUGGGUAGCGCUCAGAGAUGCAAAGGUCCUUGUUCGGGAAGGCGCGGCCGAGGCGAUGGGUGCUUGCUUGCAAAUCAUCGCCCAGCGCGAGAAACAGAUGGGCGGCAAGGCGUACGAGUCCAUCUACGAAGAGGCAGAGCACGGCCUGAAGAUGAAUACGGUCGAGGGCAUCCACGGCAGCCUGUUGGCGGUGCAAGAAUUGUUGCAGCACUCUAAAUCGUUCAUGUCCACUCGAUUCGGCAGAGCUUGCGAGCUUGUCUCGCGCCUGCAUAAACAUCGCGAUCCUCUCAUACGGCGCACCAUCACCAAUUUGGUGCCCGUCCUUGCAGACUAUGACCCGGCAUAUUUUGCUGAACACCAUCUGGGGACAGUGAUGGCGCUGCUCACGGAGCAGUUGAGGCGCGAAAGGGACCGACCUUCACGAGAAUCUGUUACGCAAACAUUCGAAGCGAUCGGAUUGGUCGCUGCAGCCAUGGGAUCUAAGAUGCGACCCUACAUCGAACAAAUUCUCGUCUGUAUCAAGGACGGUCUGCAAUCUCGCGGUCGCAAGAACGCAACGCCCGAGGCGCCAAUCUUCUUUUGCAUAGGACACCUCGCAAUUGCUGUAGGAACGCUUCUGACCAAGUACAUGCACGAGCUACUCGAUCUCAUGUUUGCAUGCGGGCUCAGCGCUCCCCUGGUUCAAGCGCUGGAGAAGAUUGUAAAGUCUGUACCGCCGCUUCUUGGUGUCAUUCAGCACCGACUCCUCGACAUGCUUUCUCUGACGCUGGUCGGUGUGCCGUACAGACCUCUUGGAGCACCCUCCAGCAGUCGUUUGCCCGCACACGGAGGCGUGAUUGCCAAUCAGCAGCUCAACGGCGGGUCAAAGAGUAGCGAGACGAUCAUAGUAGCGCUGCAGACUUUGGGCCAUUUCGACUUGACAGGUCAUAUCCUAAACGAGUUCGUGAGGAGUUGCACGCUUCCAUACUUGGAGGACGACGAGGCGGACGUUCGCAAGGCGGCAGCAACGACCUGCGCGCGGCUCUUUGGUGACGACCCAAUCUGCUUCCAGACUAGUCUUCACGCCAUCGAGGUCGUCAACGAUGUGCUGGACAAGCUGAUGACGGUAGGCAUCGCCGAUCCAGAAGCGAACCUCCGCAGGACUGUGCUGUCUGCCCUGGAUGAGCGCUUCGAUCAGCAUCUUGCGCAAGCCGAGUACAUACGGCUGCUGUUCAUCGCACUCAACGACGAAGACUUUGCGGUGCGAGAAGUGGCCAUCGCUACGAUUGGUCGACUUGCCAGGCACAAUCCGGCGUAUGUCAUGCCAUCUCUGCGCAAAGCUCUGGUCCAACUCCUCACAGAACUGGAGUAUGCUACCGUCAGCCGGCACAAGGAAGAAGCAGCCAAGCUGCUCACAGACGUCGUGAGAGCUUCUCAGAGAUUGGUCAAAUCGUACGCCCUACCGAUGUUGGAGGUGCUGCUUCCCAAAGCGAAUGAUCCCAGCCCUGGGGUAGCUGCUCGGGUGAUGGAGUGCCUGGGGGAACUUGCGAGGGUGGGGGGCGAAGACCUUGCAGGUCAUGUGGAUCAGCUGAUGAAGCUUGCCAUCGAGCAGCUCUCUGCUCAAUCUGCGCACGCUUCUACCGUCAAGCGCGAUGCUGCUUUGCGCACGCUCGGCCUCGUCGCGUCCAAUACGGGGCAUGUCGUGGAUCCAUAUCUCAAGUACAGAAGCCUGCUGGCAACCGUCAUUCGCAUCCUCAAGACAGAGUCCGCUCCUGCAGUGCGGCGGGAGACGAUCAGAGUGAUGGGCAUCUUGGGCGCUCUGGAUCCCUACCGCUACAAGCUUUUGGAAAAGACAACCGAAGAUGGAGUGCCCGAGGCUGGCAAAGCUGCAGGCACGGACCUAUUCGAACUGGCCAUGGCUAUUGGCACGAGCAGCGACGACUAUGCGCAGAAUGUCGCCAUCGAUGCCCUCAUCACCAUUUUGCGCGACCCGUCGCUUUCGACGCAUCACCAUGCCGUCAUCGAAGCGAUCAUGUACGUCUUCAAGACUCAAGGCCUCAAAUGCGUCACGUUUUUGCCGCAGAUUAUACCUGCUUUUCUUAACGUCAUUCGGACAUGCACCACGGGCACUGAGUUCUACUGGCAGCAGUUGGGCAUCUUGAUCUCCAUCAUCAAGCAGCACGUGCGGAAUCACCUCAAAGACAUCUUCGAUCUCGUGCAAGAGAAUUGGAACCCGAAUUCUAGCAUUCAACUCACCAUCGUGUCUCUGGUCGAAGCGGUAGCGAAUGCGCUGGAGGGCGAGUUCAAGACAUACCUGCCGAUCCUUUUACCUCAGCUCAUCCAAACGCUCGACGGGGAGAUCACGGCCAAGCGCCAACCGACCUUUCUGCGCAUUCUUCACGCAUUUGUCGUGUUCGGCUCCAGCAUCGACGAGUACCUCGGUCUAGUCUUGCCAGUAGUCGUCAAGAUGUUCGAGCGGCCGGAAGCUUCGGUUCUUCUUCGCAGGUCCGCUAUCGUCACCGUUGGUCAGCUCAGUGCCAAGGUCAAUUUUUGCGAUCACGCCUCGCGCGUGAUUCAUCCCCUUGUGCGCGUGCUCAGCUCGGGCAAUGUCGAGCUGCGGGGCGCAGCGAUGGACACGCUGGCUGCGCUCGCCUUCCAACUUGGCGCUGCCUAUGCCAACUUUAUUCCAGUGGUAGCGAAGACGCUGUUGCAGCGCGGUAUCACCCACGCCAAGUACGAUCAGCUCGCAACCUGUAUCCUGAAUGGGGAACGGUUGCCACCAGAAUACGGUCCGGGCGAUCGAGCGCUCGAUGGGCCUGCAGAGGUGGCGCCUUUGGCCGAAGCUACAAAGAUGACUGUCAAUCAACAGCACCUGAAGCAAGCUUGGGACACGAGCAAAGUUUCUACUAGCGAUGACUGGAGAGAGUGGCUUCGACGCGUGGCCGUCGAAUUCAUGCGCGAAUCGCCUUCACACGCAAUGCGAGCUUGUCGAUCGCUGGCGGAUGUCUAUCAACCACUUGCGCUCGACCUGUUCAACACUGCGUUCGUCUCCUGCUGGACAGAGCUGUACGAUAGCUACCAGGAUGACCUUGUGAAAUCCAUCGAAGGAGCUUUCGACGCUGCGGACAUUCCUGAUCAGGUCAUUCAUCUCCUUCUCAACCUUGCAGAAUUUAUGGAGCGCGACGACAAGGCUCUGCCGAUCAACAUUCGCCUGCUAGGCGACCGCGCGUACAAAUUCCACUCGUACGCCAAGGCGCUGCACUACAAAGAAGCCGAGUUCCUCAGCGACGCAUCGCCGCACACUAUUGAAUCGCUCAUCGAUAUCAACACCAAGCUCCAGCAGAGCGAUGCGGCUUUUGGAACGCUCACGUACGCCCGCGAGCACCUGGACAUCACUCACCACGAAGAGUGGUACGAGAAAUUGCACAGGUGGGAAGAGGCACUGGCAGCUUACGACAGGCGUGCGGCUGCUGCACCUGGCGAUGUCAAAGUCGAAGCUGAGACUGCAUUCGGCCAGAUGAGAUGCUUGCACGCCUUGGGAGAGUGGAGCAGAUUGUCGGAUCUUGUCAAAUUGCGCUGGCCCAAUGCGACUAGCGAAGAGCGCCGUCAGAUGGCCCCGCUUGGUGCCGCAGCGGAGUGGUCGCGAGGGGCUUGGAACGACAUGGAAGACUUCACAUCGUCCAUGCGGUCCGACUCUUCCGAAAGGUCCUUCUUCAGAGCAAUUCUGGCUGUGCAUCGCGGCUUCCGUGGAAGCGCCCUCAAGCACGUCACGCGUGCUCGUGAUGCGCUCGACUCUGAACUGACGGCUCUGGUCACGGAGAGCUACACGCGUGCAUAUGACCUUAUGGUCCGAACGCAGAUGCUGUCGGAACUCGAGGAAGCCUUGACUUAUAAGACGGAAUUCAAGGAUCAGCCUGACAGGCAGGCGACGAUGCGGGCGACAUGGAUGAAGCGACUGAAAGGUUGUCAGCCCGAGGUCGAAGUCUGGCAACGCAUUCUCUCGGUCCGCAGCGUGGUGCUCACGCCGAGGGACGAUACAGAUACGUGGAUCAAAUUUACCAAUCUUUGUCGCAAGAAUGGCCGGAUGGUGCUUGCAGAGAAGACGCUCAACUCUUUGCUCGGCCCCGAGAUCGGCGACGCAGAAUCGGCAGACGGCAUUGCUGCAGCUGCCAUGGGUCCCAAAGCCCCGCCGCCAGUCAUUUACGCCCAUCUCAAAUUCAUGUGGGCAUCGGGCGCGCGAGAGGAAAGCCUGGAGUACCUCCGCACCUUUACCGCCAGCUUGUCGGAGGACCUCGGCUUGCAUCCUGGCGACGAGCAUGCGACUGCGUUCAGCCAAGACUGGAAUGCCAUUCCUCGACUCAACGACUUUGCGAAGUUGCUUGCUCGAUGCUACUUCAAACAGGGAGAAUGGCAAGCUGCGCUGCACGAGGACUGGGUCAACGACACGACUUGUGACGUCAUCGAUUCUUACCGGCGCGCCACGCAGCUAGACAGGAACUGGUACAAGGCCUGGCACGCGUGGGCGCUGGCAAAUUUCGACGUCAUCUCGUCGCACGAGAGGCAUGGACAAACGGUCUCCACUCAGAUGAUAGCUGCAAGCAUCGUGCCAUCCGUACAGGGCUUUUUCCGAUCAAUCGCUCUUGCACAAGGCAACUCCCUGCAGGACACUUUGCGCCUACUGACAUUGUGGUUCAAUUACGGCUACCAAGAGAACGUCGCGGAUGCGGUUCAGGAAGGCUUCAGCAGCGUCGUCGUCGAUACGUGGCUGAGCGUAAUCCCCCAAAUCAUUGCUAGGAUCAAUUCGCCGAGCCCUAGGGUGCGCAGGUUGAUCCAGCUCUUGCUGUCGGAUGUAGGCGCGGCGCAUCCGCAAGCACUAGUCUAUCCAUUGACCGUGGCUGCCAAGUCGCCGAGCUCGAUGCGAAUCAAGGCGGCGAUGGGCAUCAUGGAGAAUCUGCGCGAACACAGCCCGCUAUUGGUGGAGCAAGCCAUGCUCAUCUCAAACGAGCUCAUCCGGGUUGCUAUCCUGUGGCACGAACUCUGGCACGAAGGGCUAGAAGAGGCGUCGCGAUUAUACUACACUGAGCAAAAGACGGAUGCAAUGUUUGCGGUGCUGGAACCUCUGCAUGAAGCAUUGGAGAAGGGUCCCGAGACGCUUCGAGAGACAUCCUUCGCUCAAACGUACGGCCGUGAUUUGAACGAAGCGCGCGAGUGCGGUCGGAGAUACCGCCAAUUUGGCGACGUUACGGACCUCAACCAAGCAUGGGAUCUGUAUUAUCACGUCUUCCGCCGCAUCUCCAAACAGCUUCCUGCCACAAAUUCGGUACAGUUGGACCUGCAGUACGUGUCUCCGAAGCUGCUAGCGUUGCGCGAUCUCGAACUCGCGGUACCGGGCACAUACCAGAGCGGACAGCCUAUCGUCCGCAUCACCCAAUUCGAGCAGGUCGUUUUGGUCAUCAUUUCCAAGCAGAGACCCAGGCGAUUGAAGAUGAGGGGCAGCGAUGGUAGGACUUACCAGUAUCUCCUCAAGGGACACGAAGACUUGCGUCAGGACGAGCGCGUCAUGCAGCUCUUUGGUCUAGUCAACUCACUGCUCUCUACAGAUUCCGAGUCAUACAAGAGAAGGCUUGGCAUUCGUCGCUUCCCAAUCAUCCCUCUCAGUCCCAAUACGGGUAUGAUCGGUUGGGUGGAGCAGACGGACACCCUGCAUGUCCUCAUCAAAGAGUAUCGCGAGCAACACAAGAUUCUUCUCAACAUCGAACAUCGACUGAUGCUUCAGAUGGCUCCGGAUUACGACAACUUGAUGUUGAUGCAGAAAGUGGAGGUAUUCGAGUACGCUCUGGACAAUACGCCCGGUCAAGACUUGUAUCGCGUCUUGUGGCUCAAGUCGCGCUCUUCGGAAUCAUGGCUGGAAAGGCGGACUGCGUACAGCCGCUCACUGGCAACCACAUCAGUGGCAGGCUACAUUUUGGGACUUGGAGAUCGCCAUCCUUCCAACUUGCUGCUCGACCGCGUCACGGGCCAGAUUGUCCAUAUCGACUUUGGCGAUUGUUUCGAGAUCGCCUGUGCUCGACCAAAAUUCCCAGAGAAGGUGCCCUUCCGUCUGACCCGCAUGCUUGUCAACGCUAUGGAAGUGGGUGGUGUCAAAGGAACCUUCAAGGUCACUUCUGAAAACGUCAUGAGGGUCCUGAGAGACAACAAGGAGGCCAUCAUGGCGUUGCUGGAGGCUUUCGUUCACGAUCCGCUCAUUUCUUGGCGUCUCGUGACGGACGAAGCGAACGAGCUCAAGGCGCCAGAUGCGAGCGAGCACGAGGCUGCUGGCCAGCUUCGCUCGAAUCAACCGGGAGACGUGCGAAACGUGAAAGCGCUGGAAGUGGUGCGACGCAUUCAGAACAAGCUAAAUGGUCGUGAUUUCAAUCCAAACGUCGCACUCUCUGUUCCAGCUCAAAUACAGCGUCUGGUGCAGGAGGCCACGUCGCUCGAAAACUUGUGUCAAGCUUUCAUUGGAUGGUGCUCCUUGUGAGUUGCGGAAGGGCUCAAAGCGCCGCUCGAUUGUCAAGCUGAUCAAGUUCGACCAUUGCCUCUAUCCCCUUUCCUUUUGUAGCUGGUAGCUUGAAAGCUUGUGGCAAGAGAUUUGCUCUGUUCUCCCUCAUCGCAAUGCAUGUCACGAUACAUCAUCGACUCUCGUCUGCUACCUCCUCACACGUGCACGUUGGCCUGCAGUUGCUGAUGCCGUUGAUGGGCUCUUUCUGGCUGGGUCGCUGAUCGCGCCCGCAAGCUGCCGUCACGGUUCAUGAGCAGUAAAAUCGCUCAUCCUGAGAGGCGCCCGCGGGCUCAGAGGUGACG